GGGCAGCCGCCAUUUUGCCGAGGGGAAGGGGAGGGCGGAGCGGCACUCCAGCGCCUCUUAAAGCGGCAGCGCCUCGCCAUCAACGUCGCCUCCGCGGGCAGCCCCGCGUUCUUCUGCCCAGGGAGGCCGGGAACGGUGCGUGGCGGCGGGGAAGCCCUGCUAGGUGCGCAGGUCUGAGGGAUCUACGCUGGGUGUGAGCAUCGCGCGGCUGCAAAGUCCAAGUGUCUCCCUCUUGGGUUUGAUCCUCACGGGAAGGCGAGCUGCUCUGCCUCAGGCAUUUUGCAACAGCCUUGGGCACCUUCCCUGGACACAGAAGCUGGAAAUGCGGUGUUUGUGCCUGAGCCGGGCAGCAGGAAGGGCUCCCGUUUGAAGCAGCAUCACAGGGAAGUGGGCAGGGCAGAGGUGCUCCAGAGGUGACCAUGCUUCCCACUACCAGGAAGUGAGUGAGCAUUGCUCCAGCAGCCAUGGCAGCUGACGACAGGGACUACAACCUGACGGCAGAGCAGAAGGCUGUCAAAGCCAAGUACCCACCGCUCAACAAGAAAUACGAAUAUCUGGAUCACACCGCAGAUGUGCAGCUCCAUGCCUGGGGGGACACUUUGGAAGAGGCGUUUGAGCAGUGCGUCAUGGCCAUGUUUGGCUACAUGACGGAUAUAGAAACCGUGGAGCCUCUGGAUACCGUGGAGGUGGAGGCAGAAGGACAUGACAUGUUGUCUCUUCUCUUCCACUUCCUGGAUGAGUGGCUGUAUAAAUUCAGCGCUAAUGAGUUCUUUAUACCCAGGGAAGUGAAAGUGCUUCACAUUGACCGAGUGCAAUUCAAAAUCAGAUCGAUUGGGUGGGGAGAAGAGUUCUCUUUAGCCAAGCACCCCCAGGGCACAGAGGUCAAGGCCAUAACUUACUCCGCCAUGCAGAUCUGUGAAGAUGAAAAGCCAGAAGUCUUUGUCAUCAUUGAUAUUUAAAGCAAGAAGAGUGUGUUCAAGUGGAUACUCAGCAUUGGCUGGCAAAAGUCCCUUGAAAAGUAACUAAGGAAUUGGCCAAUUACAGUUAUAAGUAGAAGAGAAUGAUCGUGGGGAAUGUCAGCCUCUGGUUUGGCUUGAGGAUGGGGAGACAAAAGUACCUGUGUGCCAGGAAAAAAUAGAACUGGUUGGGGUUUUGGGGGUGUGUGAAGAAGGAAAAGAGCUGUAGGGGCUGGAGUUAUCUCAGGAAUGCUGGUUUUUAAGGCUGGUACCUGCAUCAGGUGUUAUGAACUUAACAGAGAAAUGAGUGGAACUGCUGGCUAAAGUACCAUCGCUGUGUAGGAUGGUGGAAGAUGGUGUCCGCAUGGUUUGAGCAUUGUAAUUCCAAGGGGACAUCCCUCCUCUUCCACACUGUGUAAACGUCAAAAUACCUGCAGUGGGUUGGGUUAAUGUGGAAGAUUCCUGACUGUUCAAAGGACUCCCAGGGAAGUACGCCCAGCCCCAACCCAGGCACCAGCUCUUCUGGACGUCGUUUAGGAAGUCACCCCAGCAGGUGGUGCUGAGCUGCUGGGAAUGAAUUCCCACGUGGAAUCCUAGCAUCUGGCCAUGUGGCUGGAAUCCAUGGAAGGGGAGGCUCCCGAUUCCCUGCAGUUUCUCUCCCAACUGUAUCUUGUGAAAACUGAUUUCUUCUAAAAAGUGGACAAUUUGGAUCGGCUUCCCCAUCCCCGUCCUCCCUUAGGAAGGACAGCACUGACGGUCCUUAACUGGAAAAGGAUCAUGGGUGUGGGAAACACUUAUUCACUGGUAAAAUAUUGAAAAGGACAGAGUCAUCAAAGCAAAGGCAAUAAUAUUUUUAUUUUACGAUUCAGCACUGAAUUGGAUGCCCUUUUGUUUUUGGAUGGCAUCCCAUCUUACAAAAGCAGUAGGUAAAUAUACUAACUUUAGACAAAGAACCAUGUAAGUCCCUAAAGAAUGUUUAUUUUUUUAGGUUCUCUGGCCAUGUCUGGAGACUCCGUUCAGGUUAUCUCCUGACCUAAAACAGCUCCAUCUUAUAAGACAACUAAGCAUAUCAAUCAAUUCUUGCAACUCUAAGAGAGUGUUCAUUCUUUCAGGUUAUUUAUCCCUGUCUGGAGAUUGUCUGCAUAUUAUCUCUUGAUACAAGACAGAUUUAUAUGACAAGAUAAUUAAACAUACAAACCAUCAAAACUCAUCAAUUAAUUCUCAGAGAGGCUUCAGCUCUCCAAAUGAGAAUUACUCAAGAGCAGUCUGAUGCUAUGAAAAGCCAAACUCAAUAAUCGAUGCCAAUUUGAUUAUUUAGCAUAUUUUCCUUUAAUAAAUGGCACUGGGGUACAUAUGGGGUAAUCCCCCUAGUGUGUUAACUAUUGAGACUGGUUACAUGACUUUUAUACUAGUUACACAUACAUAGUCAUAUAGAGUCCCUAAAACAUGUUACAUGUCCAUUGUUUUUCCAGGAACAACUUAUAGUUUAUCACCCACUCUUGUAUGCACAUCACAGUUUCUUUGUGUCUUCAGAAGCCCCUGCUGAUUUUUAUGUUAUGUCCUUCCUCAUUGUGUCUUCUUGGCAGCUCAGGUCUGUCCUCUGUUCCUGCUGUGGGACUCUCCUUUCAAUACUUGAUAUGUUCCCUUUUUCAACUACUAAACAGGCUAAACGCCUGUUAUGUUCUUUCUAACUGCAAGCUGGGCAAGAUUUUAUUCUUAAAAUUGCUUAAGCUAAUUAAUUCCCUUAACAUAACGCUUUAUCCCUUCCUUCAAAUCAAAAGUGCAUUUUGUUUAAGCGGCCAGGGAGCUGGUGUGUGUUACCACCUUGGCUAUUUGGGUGUGAGGGCUGUGACUCUGGAGGGCAAGUCUCACCUUCAUCUUCUUCUAAAAUCAUCUUAAAUAGAUCUGGUUUUAUCUCCUCAUUGUGACAAGUGAGGGAUAAAAUCCCUCUUA